AUGAUUAACAACCUGGUUGAAGAGUCUCCACCUCUUGUGAUUGGGGCUCUGGCCCUGUCGCCUACACCUGAACCUUUCAAGGGUGUUAAUGUUGCAUCUACGUUCUCAAACAAUCAAACAGAAUCUAUUAAUCAUCUGAAUAACUUGAGUAAACACAUUGACAGCUUCUCCAAAUUUAUAUUUUUGGAAGCAGCUGAAGGUGCAAGAACACAAGAGUUUGCAGAUGAAUCAGGCAAAGCACACAACAAACAGGAAUUGUCUUGCCAUUCUUCUUCUUCUUUGUUGUCAUCGUCGUCCUCCUCCUCCUCCUCCGCAGCAGCAGCAGCAUCACUUGAUAUUAUGGCUGUACAAGACAAUGAGGAUUUAAAAGAUGACUUUAGCGAAUUUAUCGAAAUUCCCAAUUUGACGUCAGAUAAUGAGUCCGAAGAAGUUGGUACGCAACUGACUAAUUUUAGUGGAAGUGACUAUUGGAAUCAGAAACGAGCAAAGCAACAGACUCCAGCUUCUGUGGUCAGUCCUGAAGAAUCAAUCUUUUCACCUGCACCACAACCCAGUACUCCAGCAGCAGCAGCAGCAGUAACUCAAACGCAAGCGCAAAAGCAAACUUACUCUACUCAUACUCCACCACCGGCCCCAGAUUCAUCUCACCAGGCAGUUAAACAAUUGAGAAGAGUUCAGCACUAUCAAAAAACUGCAGCACUUGUUUCAGCUGAUAGAAUAUCACCAGAGUUGUUCAAGCACCAGCGCACACAGUUGAUGACUAUUAUUGUCAAGUAUGUUGCCACAAAGAUUUAUAAUACCUUCCCGCCUGAUUCUUCCAGAAAACCUAAAGGUCAGAAACAAGAGUUACCAUUGGAUAAAUUCUUGUUGUUGUUGCUAAGCAGAACUCGUGCAUCGUUGUCAAUAUUCUUGAAAAGCACAAUUUACUUAUUUAGGUAUAUGGAUAUUAUAUACCUCUUGAGGUAUCUCAAUCAAACUAACAAUUUUGUGCAAUACAAUGAUAUGGGUUUUGAGUUGAAGAAACUUAUUGUGGGUUGUUUCAAAUUGACCAUACUUAAAGAGAACAAGUUGAGAACAAAAGCAGAGGACAAAAUAAAUAUUGAUUGGGAGGCCAUUACUGGUAUCAAGAAUGUGGAGAUCAAUGCUAUAGUUAUGCAGUUGAUCAAUAGAAUGAAUGGUAAAUUGACCAUCAAAGAAAUUGAGUUGGUGAGAAUGAAGAAUGAGAUGUUUAGAUUUGUCAAGAUGAUUUCAGCUGAGAACUAG